AUGUUGGGAGUAGAGGUGGCAGAAACGAGCGAUCCAAUUCUCUUGAUCUUGAGCGAGACAAUCGUGAAGGUGUUCACAAAUUUACUGGAUCUGUGGAUAAAUACUUGCAGUACCAUCAGGAAAAACCCGAACUGGGAACCGUGGAAACAGCAAAUGACACAACAGAUCCCGAAUACUCAGCACCCUUUCGGAAUUUCCGUAAACACUACGGUAGUAGAAGACGGAGUCAGCUUUCCUCUAAAGGUUCUGCCAUAUCCGGCAUACAAUGGCUUCUUUGGACGAAAGGAGCUUUUGGCAAGGAUGAACAAAGAGCUUGAUCCAGGGCAAGCUUCCACUGGCAAUGGGAAUGAUGUGAACUCCAUAUUACUGCAUGGUACAGGUGGUGUUGGAAAGACACAGAGUGCUCUUGCUUACGCCCAUCUAAACCCGGCUAGGUUUGACGCAAUAUUCUGGGUAAGGAGUGAUCUUGAUGCCGAUAUCCAGGCGAGCUUCUCCAACAUCGCUCUAGCUCUAAACCUUCAUGGCGCAAAGAGAGACGGCGAUGCACAACAAGACGAAAAUUUCCUCUAUUUCACUCGAUGGCUUGGACAGCAGGCGGCGACGAAAAAUGGAAAGCGCUGGCUUAUGAUAUUCGACAAUUGUGAUAAGAUUGGAGAUAUAUGGCCUAAGUACAUCCCAAAGACAAAAGGUUCGGUCUUGAUAACCAGUCGUUCUCAAUCGGUGAAGCUUCCAGACAGUGUCAUUCUGCCGGUACAGCCAUUUGGCGAAGAUGAGGGUCUGAAAUUGAUGAAAAAACUGCUCUAUUCGCGGGAAGAAAAACAACUAUCACCAAGCGAAGAAAGUUCUCUUCUCAACUUACUGCGAAAAUUCGAUGGAUUGCCUCUGGGCAUCAAAGUCAUAGUAGCGUUGAUGCUCCCAAGGAUCGACAGAAAAUCGAAGCAUCCAAUCACAUCAUUUGCAAAGUUCUACGACCAGAACGCCCGGAAGAUGCUUACCAGAGUGGAGAGAGCCACAGACUAUGAUCACGACGAGCAUCGAGAAGUUGGUCAGGUGCAUGUUCUCGACAACGUCUGGCAGCUGAGUUUCACUAGUCUUGACCCCGAUGCCCUCUCUGUGUUAGGCAUGAUAUCUUUCAUGGCUCCUCAAGACAUUUCCAUUUCAUGGUUGAACUUGGUGGACAAAGAUGUUCCACCGUCUCAAACAGUAUUAUCGGUCUGCACUAAACCUUUUGAGCUUGAUUGGGCAAUCGUUAAUCUAGCAAAGGCUGCACUCAUCAACAAACAGAAUGUGGAAGGUGAGCCCGAAGAUGAUGAUAUAGACACAGAUGCUAUAGCAGAAAUUCGCAUCGCAUCUGGGAGUGCCAGUCCCACUUCGAGUGCUUUCGAAUCUACUUCUAGCCUCGAUGCAGAUGAUGAGUUCGGGAAAGCAAAGAUUUCCAUUCAUCGUUUGGUGCAGGAAGCUUUGAUCUACAGCAGAUCAACGCAGGAACGUCAAACUAUUUUUGACGCUGCGAUACGUGUUGUUUCCAUGGCUUUUCCGAAACAGAUCAAUGGAGAGACAUUGGAAGGAGAGACAGAGACUUGUUCACGAUUGAUCCCACAUGUCAUGUCUCUAGCUUCGAGGUAUAUUGAGUUCGAAAGUCAUGCAACAUCACCCCUCGAACCGACUAAUGAGUUAGGGAGCUUGUUGAAAUCCUGCAUAUGGUUCACAUAUGAGAAGGGAGAACGGAAGACAGCGUUGUAUUUGUUACAGCUCGCAUACAAAAUCUGCCAAGAUAAAGAGUCUGAAGUGUACGCAGACUUGCAAUUCAAGGCCGGAGGAAUAUAUCUUGAUCAAAAUGACCUCGCGCAUUGCAGGCAAGCGUGGGACGAAGCUCGGGGUAUCUAUUCGAGAUUGCAACGUCGAGGAAAUAUAUCUGCUAAACACUCGUUGACAUGGGUUCUUCAUGCACUCGGAAACCUUGAAUCUGCAGAUGGCCAUUUGGAUGAAGCAUUGUCGCUUUACGCAGAAGCCGAUGAAGACAGACGCCAAGAACAACUAGCUCAACCGUGGAGAGAAGGCCUUGCAGCCAUGACAUUAGGGCGAGCGUACUUUCUAAAAGGGGAAUUUGAGACUGCACUUGAGAAGUUUUCCGAAGCAGAGAGCAUCUUCAACAAGGAUUAUCAAGGUUCUACUUGGAUGGCAUACCUCACAUACGCACAUGGCAAUGUCGAGCUGGCACGGGAUAACCUUACUGAAGCGAAGACAAAGUAUAUUCAGUCUCAAGACUGUUGGACGCGUUCUGCGCCGUCUCAUCUUGGACUUUCGGCAUGUUACUACAAAUUGGGCUGCAUUGAAUUUAGGCAGCAGGAGUACCUACACGCUCUGAAAUACUUUCGCAAAGCUCUCAGGAUCGCAAAGUUUCAGGCUCAGGGUGACCAGGCAAGAAUUCUCAGAAAGCAGGCUGAAGUUCAGGAUGCUGGAGGAUUUGUCGAUCAAGCCGCAGUAUCCCGCAAGGAAGCCGAAGACACGCGAUCCAAAAUCACGGGACAAGCGGGAAAGUCGUUAGAGGACACUGAUGCAGCCUGGGACUCGCUGGUCUGUAUCUUUUGGCGGUAAAUGCCAGCCCACGAUCUUUUCAAACUGUUGGGUUUCUCACUAGCUCAGGCGUAUUUAGUUGGAAGAAACACGGCUACAGAAAUGGGGCAUUAUUUGUUUGCUCACAGCGCUGAUGCCCUAU